GACAGACUGAAAUGGGGAGGAGUCCGACGCAGAGUUCAUUUUAGGACAGACUGAAGGACAAACAGGGAGGAAGGAGGACUGAUUUAACAUAAAAAUAAGAGGACAAAACAGACUACUGAGCACUGUCUACCUGAGUAACAAUGUCUGCCGCCUUAGCCGCUCGUCGAGUGCUUGCUGCUGCGUCACAUUCAAGCAAAGAAGGAGGAGCAAAGACCUGGAAGAUGCUGACCAUCGUUCUGGCUAUUCCUGGCGUUGGUGUCUGCAUGGCCAAUGCCUACAUGAAGGCUCGGGCGCACUCACAUGAACAGCUAGAAUUUGUGCCUUAUCAUCAUCUGCGCAUCCGCACCAAGAAAUUUCCCUGGGGAGAUGGAAACCACACUCUGUUCCACAACUCCCACACCAAUCCUCUCCCCGAAGGCUACGAGAGCUCUCAUCACUGAGCGGAUCAGUCAUAUUUCUCAGCUCUGUCCUGCUGCAUGCUUCAACCUCCAGUCUGCAGUCUACUUGGCUUAAUUAUAGCGGCCGAGGGGCCAAGCAGACGGCCAGGAAUAAAACCACUUUGUGCUGUAUAACCAUGAGUGCUAUUUCAUUUUUUAAAUUAGAGUACUGCUCAAUUUAAUCAAUACUCAAAAUAAGUGUGUAUGUGUGUGUUGCUGAGAUGAAAGCGUAUUUACAUCUCAUUAUUAUAGGCCAAUUAUUUCAAGUGUGACUGCAGAUGGCAUUAAGUUUUUCCAUGGUGACAGCUGAGGGUUGCCAAAGUCAGAAACAUUAAAAUCCAGCAUAUACAGGCUUUAAAUAUGAAAAUAUGACUGUUAAUGAUCUAUAUUUUCCUAUUGUCAAACCAUGAGAAGCAUCAAAUAUCAUAUGUAAACCGCAAAUUCCACUUUGUCACAAAGACGCAUUGUUUUCCAAGAACUAUCCAGACCACUGGACUGACAUGUUGCUUCAUACUUACUCGAGCCCACAUCACAUUACUGGCUGCCAUUUCCCAAACUGAAAGCUUUUAUGCAAGACCAGUUUUUAAAGAUACAGCAUGCAGGGUUUCUGCCAGCCUGGCCACAGCUGUUCAUUUAGUAAAUGUCUUGUUAGCCUAGCUGAUCUGGUUAAGUGUUUUCUACAAAUAAAAACCCUAAAGACAUUGAAAAAGGAAUUAAAAAUCAGGCAAAAAUGUUUUAAGAACACAGUUUUACCUAUUCAGUAGAUAUAAUAGAGUGGUCUAAGUCAUUCAUUAACUGAUUUGGUCCUGAUAUAGAUACAC